AUGUCGGUUUAUUAUGAUGACGCACGGGUGUGGGCGAAUAUUGAUGUCGAACUCAAAGACCAACUUAUCCUCAAUAUUGUCUCAUCGUUGGAGUGUCUGAUUUGCUCUGAGGUGAUGCACGUUCCCUUUCUCGCAUCUUGUGGCCACACUUUCUGCUACAACUGUCUAAAUGCCUGGUUCGAAACGAAAAUCAACUGCCCAACGUGCAGGGCAGAGCUUGAACAGCCACCGGUGCUCAAUAUUCAGCUCAAAGACAUAAGCAAGCGCAUCACUGAUAUAAUAAUAGAGACGAUGGAAGACAACCAUCAUAAGGAGCUGCUCGAAGCUGCGCGAAAAUCCGUUCUAGACGAUUUUGAAGAGUCAAAAAAGAAAACCUCGCUCUUCGGAGAUGCUUUCAACAGUGCAUUAACACUCGUGGACAAUUCUGACGGGGUCCCCAGAUGUGGCAACUGCCAUUGGGAAGCACACGGCAGUACAUGCCUUCAUUGUGGAGCGAGGUUCAGAACACCCAGGAACGAUCUGUAUUAUGAUUCUGAAGAUGGAGAUGCCUACAACGAAGACAGGGAGGAGAUUGAACUUUAUGGAGAGGAAAACGAUGCAUACGAUUCGGAGGAUAGUUUUGUAGACUCGCGGGGCUUACGUGAUAUCAACAGGGAUAGAGUAUCCGAUGACGAUGGUUUUCUUGAUUCAGAAAAUGACGUGCACAGUGUUAGGAGCGUUGCUUGGUCAGUAGACGACAACGAAGGUUCAUUGAAUGCGGACGAGAUGAAUCAGUCAGUAGACUCUCUAGAAAGAGAGUUAGACGCCCUUCAUGAUUCUCCAGACUACUACUAUCCAGCAUACGAAGGUCUCGGUGAAAAUCUCUCUGUGGAGACCAUAUCAUCAGACGAUAACAGCGAUCAUGGAGAACAAGGUCUACCACGAUCUAGACGGAGAAGGAUAGUAGACCUGGAUCUGGAUCUGAACGAUUAG